GCUGCUUCAGUGGAGAGGAGGGACUCAAACUUCCGCCACCGUCAUGGCGGCACCGUGCAGCUUCUGAUAUGGAAAAAAAGGAGAAAACAACAAGGCAGCCCUCCCCCGUGCGUUCCCUGACCACGGACUACGAGGAUUAAGGGGUCAGAAAGCUCAGGAAAGGCGUUUAUUUUGGUGUGCAGGUCAUGGCGGCUCACAAACCCGUUGAAUGGGUUCAGGCCGUCAUUAACAGAUUCGACGAGCAGCUUCCAGUCAAAGCCGGGCAACAGAACACGCACACCAAAGUCAGCACGGAGCACAACAAGGAAUGUCUGAUCAACAUCUCCAAGUACAAGUUCUCGCUGGUCAUCAGCGGCCUCACCAACAUACUGAAGAACGUCAACAAUAUGAGAAUUUUCGGUGAGGCUGCAGAGAAGAACCUCUAUCUGUCUCAGCUCAUCAUCUUGGACACGCUGGAGAAGUGCCUCGCGGGGCAACCCAAAGACAGCAUGCGUCUUGACGAGACGAUGUUCGUGAAGCAGCUCCUGCCAGAGAUCUGUCACUUCAUCCACACGUACAGAGAGGGGAAUCAGUACGCCGCCGAACUGCGUAGCUCCGCCUCCGGGGUUCUGUUCUCGCUCAGCUGUAACAACUUCAACGCCGUCUUCAGCCGCAUAUCCACCCGGUUACAGGAACUGACCGUGUGUCUAGAAGACACGGUGGACGUCCACGAUAUCGAGCUCAUCCGCUACAUCAACGUGGACUGCUCCAAACUCAAAAGACUCCUGCAAGAAACGGUGUUCAAAUUUAAAGCCCUGAAAAAGCCUGCGCAGUUGAGCGUCAUCUACAGUCUAGAGAAGGCAUUCUGGAAUUGGGUGGAGAAUUACCCCGACGAGUUCACUAUGCUGUACCAGCGACCACAGACAGACAUGGCUGACUGUGCAGAGAAGCUCUUUGACCAGGUCGACAGUUUUGCUGAGAGCGCGAAGAGGAAGGCAGCUGUGUGGCCGCUGCAGAUCAUCCUCCUCAUCCUCUGCCCCAACAUCAUACAGGAGCUGUCACGAGAGCCGCUGGAGGAAAGCAAGGUCAACAAGAAACUGUUUAUAGAGAGUCUGAGGAAAGCUCUGGUCGGACACGGGGGCAGCAAGCAGCUGACGGAGAGCGCAGCCAUCGCUGGCGUCAAACUGUGUAAAGCUUCCACCUACGUCAACUGGGAGGAUCACUCCGUCAUCUUCCUCCUGGUGCAGUCCAUCGUUGUGGAUCUGAAGGCUCUGCUGUUUAACCCCGCUAAGCCGUUCUCGCGUGGUGCAGGCUGUCAGAGCGCAGACUUGGACCUGAUGAUUGACUGCUUCGUCUCCUGCUUCCGCAUCAACCCACACAAUAACCAGCAGUUUAAAGUCUGCUUGGCUUCGUCUUCACCGUCCACCUUCCACUUUGUCUUGGUGAACUCCCUGCACAGAAUCAUCACGAACUCUCCACUCGACUGGUGGCCCAAGAUCGAUGCUGUGUAUUGUUACUCAGGCGAGCUGCGCGUCAUGUUCGCAGAGACGCUGGGCUGCAGCACUCAUACUCCCGUGCGUAUGACGAGUCUGACAUUUAAGGAGAAGGUGACCAGUCUGAAGUUUAAAGAGAAGACCGCUGACCUGGACACCAGGAGUCAUAAGCAUCUGCUGCUGGCUCUGGUGAAGCUCAUCCACGCCGACCCCAAGCUCCUGCUGAAUAACCCAGGGAAGCAGGGUCAGGAGAUCCAGAGCAGCACAGCCGAGCUCAUCAAAGGGCUCAUGCAGCUGGUGCCCCUCGCCAACCUGGGGGAAAUUUCCCAGGAGGCCAUGGAGGCUUUGCUGGUCCUGCAUCAGCCAGAAAUCAUCGAGCUGUGGAAUCCUGACGCUCCCAUGGAGACCUUCUGGGACAUCAGCUCCCAGGUUCUUUACUUCAUCUGCUCGAGGCUCAUCGGCCACCAGCAGAUCAACAGCACCGAGGUCCUCAAGUGGCUCCGAGAGAUCCUCAUCUGCAGGAACAAGUUUCUCCUCCGGAACAAAGACCGUGCCGCGAAGGGCAGCGGCAUCCUCAGGUGUAGGCAGGCCCAGGCCAAGCUGGAGGUGUGUCUCUACACGUUCCUGUGGAGCCCAGACAUGGAGGCCGUGCUGGUGGCCAUGUCCUGCUUCAGGCACCUGUGCGAGGAGGCCGACAUCCGCUGUGGCGUGGACGAGGUGCCCGUACAGACCAUCCUUCCCAACUACAACACUUUCGUGGAGUUCGCCUCCGUCAGCAACAUGAUGGCGACAGGUCGUUCAGCCUUACAGAAGCGAGUAAUGGCUUUGCUCAGGAGGAUAGAGCAUCCCACUGCUGGCAACACUGAGGCCUGGGAGGACACGCAUGCGAAAUGGGAACAUGCCACCAAGUUAAUCCUGAACCACCCAAAAACCAAGUUAGAAGACUGUCAGGAAUGGAUAAACAUGACGGGUUUCCUGUGCGCGCUGGGCGGAGUGUGUCUGCAGCAGAGGAACCCCCCAGGUCCUGUCACCUACAGCCCCCCGAUGGGUCAGCUGAGCGAGCGGAAGGGCUCCAUGGUGUCCAUGGGCUCGUGUGAGGGCAACGCCGAGACGCCACUCAGUAAGUUCCUGGACCGGCUGCUCUCGCUCAUGGUGUGCAGCCACGAAAAGGCCGUGCAGAUCCGCAACAACGUCAAGGACCUGGUGGGUCUGGAGCUGAGCCCGGCUCUCUACCCCAUGCUCUUCAACAAGCUCAAGAACAGCAUCAGCCGCUUCUUCGAAGCACAAGGACCGGUGCCAAUCAACGAGACGAACACGCAGUUUGUGGAGCAGACCAUCGCCAUAAUGAAGAACCUGUUAGAUAACCACACAGAAGGUAGCUCUGAACAUCUAGGCCAGGCCAGCAUCGAGACCAUGAUGCUCAACCUGGUCAGGUACGUGCGCAUUCUGGGCAACAUGGUCCAUGCCAUCCAGAUCAAAACCAAGCUGUGCCAGUUGGUGGAGGUGAUGAUGGAGCGCAGAGACGAUCUGUCCUUCUGCCAGGAGAUGAAGUUCAGGAAUAAGAUGGUCGAGUAUCUCACAGACUGGGUAAUGGGAACCUCCAACCAAGCAGCUGACGAUGACGUCAAGUGUCUGACGAGGGAUCUGGACCAGGCGAGUAUGGAGGCUGUGGUGUCUCUGCUGGCCGGGUUACCGCUCCAACCGGAGGAAGGAGACGGUGUAGAACUCAUGGAGGCCAAGUCUCAACUCUUCCUUAAGUACUUCACACUCUUUAUGAACCUGCUGAAUGAUUGCAGCGAGCCGGAGGACGACGGACAGCAGGUACCCGGCCGUAAGCGGGGCAUGUCGAGACGCCUGGCGUCUCUGCGCCACUGCACUGUGCUGGCCAUGUCCAACCUGCUCAACGCCAACGUGGACAGCGGCCUCAUGCACUCCAUCGGUCUGGGCUACCACAAGGACCUGCAGACCCGCGCCACCUUCAUGGAGGUCCUCACCAAGAUCCUGCAGCAGGGCACCGAGUUCGACACGCUGGCCGAGACGGUGCUGGCAGACCGCUUCGAGAGGCUCGUCGAGCUCGUCACCAUGAUGGGCGACCAGGGAGAGCUGCCCAUCGCCAUGGCGCUGGCCAAUGUGGUGCCUUGUUCUCAGUGGGACGAGCUGGCUCGGGUUCUGGUCACACUGUUUGACUCGCGUCACCUCCUUUACCAGCUGCUGUGGAACAUGUUUUCUAAGGAGGUCGAGCUUGCCGACUCCAUGCAAACACUCUUCAGAGGGAACAGCCUGGCCAGUAAAAUCAUGACCUUUUGUUUUAAGGUUUACGGUGCUACGUAUCUGCAGAAGCUUCUGGAGCCCCUCCUUCGUGGAGUCAUAACAGCUCCCGAGUUGCAGAUGAUCAGUUUCGAGGUGGAUCCCACCAGACUGGACCACAAUGAAGUGUUGGAGGAAAACCAGCGUGACCUGCUGACCAUGACCAACCGCUUCUUCCUGGCCAUCAUUAACUCCUCGAGUGAAUUCCCACCACAACUGAGGAGUGUGUGUCACUGCCUGUUCCAGGCUACUUGCUACUCUCUACUGAAUAAAGCCACAGUUAAAGAGAAAAAGGAAAGUAAAAAAUCAGUGGUGAGUCAGCGUUUCCCUCAGAACAGCAUCGGUGCGGUGGGCAGCGCCAUGUUCCUGCGCUUCAUCAACCCAGCCAUCGUCUCCCCGUACGAGGCCGGGAUCCUGGAUAAGAAGCCUCCUCUGAGAAUAGAGCGAGGACUCAAACUCAUGUCCAAGAUUCUACAGAGCAUCGCCAACCACGUGUUGUUCACAAAGGAGGAACACAUGAGACCUUUCAACGACUACGUGAAGAGCAAUUUCGAAGCAGCCAGAAAAUUUUUCUUGGACAUUGCGUCUGAUUGCCCUGCCAGCGACUCGGUGAACCACAGCCUCUCGUUCAUCAGCGACGGCAACGUGCUGGCUCUGCACCGGCUCCUGUGGAACAACCAGGAGAAGAUCGGCCAGUACCUCUCCAGCAACAGGGAUCAUAAAGCAGUGGGUCGACGUCCCUUUGACAAGAUGGCAACUCUCCUGGCCUACCUCGGACCUCCUGAACACAAACCGGUAGCUGACACCCACUGGUCCAGCCUGAACCUGACCAGCUCCAAGUUUGAAGAGUUUAUGACCAGGCACCAAGUCCAUGAAAAAGAAGAGUUCAAAGCUUUGAAAACCCUCAACAUUUUUUACCAGGCAGGAACGUCUAAGAACGGCAACCCCGUCUUCUACUAUAUCACCCGCAGGUUCAAAACUGGCCAGAUUAACGGAGACUUGCUCAUCUACCAUGUGCUGCUCACCCUCAAGCCCUACUACGCCAAACCGUACGAGAUAGUGGUGGACCUGACCCACGCCGGCCCCAGCAACCGCUUUAAGACCGACUUCCUCUCCAAAUGGUUCGUCGUCUUCCCGGGGUUCGCCUACGAGAACGUAGCAGCCAUCUACAUCUACAACUGCAACACGUGGGUGCGGGAGUACACCAAGUACCACGAGAGGCUCCUCACCGGCCUGAAGGGCAGCAAGAAGCUGCUUUUCAUCGACUCACCGGCAAGGCUGGCUGAGCACAUCGAGCUGGAGCAGCAGAAGCUUCCGGCUGCCACGCUGAGCCUGGAGGAGGAUCUCAAGGUGUUUCAUAAUGCUCUCAAACUGGCCCACAAGGACACCAAGGUGUCCAUCAAGGUGGGCUCCAACGCCGUGCAGGUGACUUCUGCCGAUCGCACACGGGUCUUGGGCCAGUCCGUCUUCCUCAACGAUAUCUACUACGCCUCGGAGAUCGAGGAGAUCUGCCUGGUGGACGAGAACCAGUUCACGCUGACCAUCUCCAACCAGGGCACGCCGCUCACCUUCAUGCACCAGGAGUGCGAGGCCAUCGUGCACUCCAUCAUCCACAUCCGCACACGCUGGGAGCUCUCUCAGCCCGACUCUAUCCCACAGCACACCAAGAUCAGGCCCAAAGACGUGCCCGGGACGCUGCUCAACAUCGCCCUCCUCAACCUGGGCAGCUCGGACCCGAGUCUCAGGUCAGCAGCUUAUAAUCUCCUCUGCGCCUUAACCUGCACCUUUAACCUGAAGAUCGAGGGCCAGCUGCUGGAGACGUCGGGUCUGUGCAUCCCGGCCAACAACACCCUCUUCAUCGUCUCCAUCAGCAAGACGCUGGCAGCUAACGAGCCCCACCUCACGCUGGAGUUCCUCGAGGAGUGUAUCUCCGGCUUCAGCAAGUCCAGUAUCGAGUUGAAACACCUCUGUCUGGAGUACAUGACUCCCUGGCUGCUCAACCUGGUCCGCUUCUGCAAGCACAACGACGAUGCCAAGCGCCAGCGGGUCACCGCCAUCCUGGACAAGCUCAUCACCAUGACGAUCAACGAGAAGCAGAUGUACCCGUCCAUCCAGGCCAAGAUCUGGGGCAGCCUGGGUCAAAUCACAGACCUGCUGGACGUGGUGCUGGACAGCUUCAUUAAGACCAGUGCUACAGGAGGACUGGGCUCCAUCAAGGCCGAGGUGAUGGCGGACACCGCCGUGGCUCUGGCUUCUGGCAAUGUCAAACUGGUGUCUAGCAAGGUUAUUAUCCGCAUGUGCAAGAUCAUCGAUAAGACGUGCCUGUCCCCGACGCCGACGCUGGAACAGCACCUGAUGUGGGACGACAUCGCCAUCCUGGCACGCUACAUGCUCAUGCUGUCCUUCAACAACCUGCUGGACGUGGCGGCUCACCUGCCCUACCUGUUUCACGUGGUGACGCUGCUGGUGGCCACAGGGCCGCUCUCGCUGCGCGCCUCCACCCACGGCCUCGUCAUUAACAUCAUCCACUCGCUCUGCACUUGCUCGCAGCUCAACUUUAGCGAAGAGACCAAGCAGGUGUUGAGGCUGAGUCUGACCGAAUUCUCACUGCCUAAGUUUUACCUGCUGUUCGGCAUCAGUAAAGUCAAGUCUGCGGCCGUCAUAGCUUUCCGCUCCAGCUACAGGGAUCGCUCCUUCUCGCCGGGAUCGUACGAGCGAGAGACCUUCGCGCUCUCCUCACUGGAGACGGUGACCGAGGCUCUGCUGGAGAUCAUGGAGGCUUGCAUGAGGGACAUUCCGGGUUGCAAAUGGCUUGAUCAGUGGACCGAAUUGGCUCAGAAGUUCGCUUUCCAGUACAACCCUUCUCUACAGCCCAGGGCUCUGGUGGUGUUCGGCUGCAUCAGCAAGCGAGUCACCCACAGUCAGAUCAAACAGAUCAUCCGCAUCCUCAGCAAGGGUCUGGAGAGCUGCUUGAAGGGGCCGGACAGUUACAACAGCCAGGUUCUGAUCGAGGCCACGGUCAUCGCGCUCACCAAGCUGCAGCCCCUGCUGAACAAGGACUCGUCCAUGCACAAGGCCCUGUUCUGGGUGGCCGUAGCAGUCCUGCAGCUGGAUGAGGUGAACCUGUACUCGGCAGGCACGGCCCUGCUGGAGCAGAACCUACACACGCUGGACAGCAUGCACGUCUUCAACGACAAGAGUCCUGAGGAGGUGUUUAUGGAGAUCCGUAAGCCUCUGGAGUGGCAGUGCAAGCAGAUGGAUCACUUCGUCGGCCUCAACUUCAACUCCAACUUCAACUUUGCGCUUGUGGGUCAUCUGCUCAAAGGCUACAGGCAUCCUUCCCCCACCACCGUGGCACGGACGGUGCGCAUCCUGCACAUGCUUCUCAGCCUGGUGGGAAAACACCUCAACUGUGACAAGUUCGAGGUCAACACGCAGAGCGUCGCGUACUUGGCGGCUCUGCUCACCGUGUCAGAGGAAGUGCGCAGCCGGUGCAGUCUGAAACACAGGAAGUCUCUGCUCCUCUCCGACGUUGCCAUGGAGAACGUUCCUAUGGUGACGUACUCGGUGCAUAAUAGUGACCCCGGCUGCAGGACGUUGAGAGAGAACCAUCCCUGGGCGUCUCCUAAAGUUUCCGAGCGGUACUUGGUCGCACACUACCCCGUCGUGGGUCAAAUCAGCCCUCGGACACGGAAAUCCAUGAGCUUGGACAUGGGACAGCCAUCUCAGUCCAACACCAAAAAGCUUUUGGGAACGAGAAAAAGCUUCGACCACUUGAUAUCAGACACUAAAGCACCAAAGAGGCCAGAGAUGGAGUCUGGCAUCACCACGCCUCCCAAGAUGAGGAGAGUAGCUGAGAACGACUACGAAAUAGAAACCCAACGAAUCUCUCAGCAGCACCACCACCUGAGGAAGGUCUCCGUGUCCGAGUCCAACGUCCUCCUGGACGAGGAGGUCCUCACUGACCCGAAGAUCCAGGCGCUCCUCCUCACCGUGCUGGCGACUCAGGUCAAAAACACGACGGACGAAUUCGACCAGAGAAUUCUCUACGAGUUUUUAGCCGAGGCCUGCGUCGUCUUUCCGAAGGUCUUUCCUGUCGUUCAUAACCUCUUGGACUCGAAGAUCAACACGCUGCUGUCCAUGUGCCAGGACCCGAACCUGCUGAACCCGGUGCAUGGCAUUGUACAGAGUGUGGUGUACCAUGAGGAGUCACCACCGCAGUACCAGCCUUCAUAUCUUCAGAGUUUCGGGUUCAAUGGACUCUGGAGAUUUGCUGGGCCUUUUUCCAAGCAAAACCAGAUCCCGGACUACGCUGAGCUGAUCGUUAAGUUUCUGGACGCGCUGAUUGACAGCUAUCUCCCCGGGAUCGAUGAGGAAGGCAGCGAGGAGGCGCUGAGGACACCCACGUCUCCGUAUCCGCCUCCUGUCCAGAGCCAACUCAGCAUCGCUGCCAACCUCAACCUCUCCAACUCCAUGACCUCUCUGGCAACCUCGCAACACUCGGCAGGUGUCGAUAAGGAGAACGUGGAGCUGUCUCCGAGCGCGCCGGUUCCCACCAGUGGACGCGCACGACACGGCUCGGCCAGCCACGUCCAGAAGCAGCGCAGCGCCGGCAGCUUCAAGAGGCCAAGCAUCAAGAAGAUCGUAUGAGAAUGCCGCCCCCUGCUGGGCCACACACUCCAUGCUGCAUUUCUACUCACACACUCCUUCCUUCUGCUCCUCUUAGUUUUUUAUUUUUUUAUUUUUAUUUUCCUCCUCCUUACCUCGGUUUUCAGCCAUACUUUCA